GUUGUGUCGCCUUCUCAGAAUUUGGAGGAAUAAGAAAGGCCGACGGCGACCCUCUCGCUUCGCGUCGGCCAUGGCUCAGGGAACCCUCGCUGGAAUCCCACACGUCCUGGUCUUGGGGUUCCGCCGCACCCUCCUGAUGGAUGGACCAUUCAAUAUCUAGAUGCAAAUGUUGGAUUGAAUGAAGUAGAAGGCUUUCGGUGUUCCAGCCAAAAGAUGCAUUAAGGCUAUGGAUUGCAGUAGGCAAUACGAACCCCGUUGGCAUUGAUUAAAUAUCAAGCCUUCCGUAGAUGGUUGCCAUCUGCUGAUAAAGUUUUCAGGACUUCACUGAUGAUAUUCACAUGUCAAAUAAAUUGACUUUAAGAAUGCUUCAGAUUGAGUACAUAAAAGAUGCAUAAACAUGUUAAGAUCCUUAUAGUAAAUGUUAUUUAUCUAGAUCACUUUGUCUACGCAUAAAUACUCCUGCUUUGAACUUGUGCAACAUCAUUUUCAGUUUAUAUCAUAGGUAGAUUGACUUUUUUUAAUGGCAUCUUUGUUCUGUCAAGCUAUAACAUCAUUUCGAUUAGCACUACUCAGAUGUUUUUGUCUUAUCACUUAAAAUUAAUGAAAGAAAGAGAAUUAAUAAUGAAUGAACUUAUCCAAUUCUGGAUUUGCCAUCCAAAACUAUAUAAUAUGUAUAAAUGUAUAUCAUCUAAAAUUCUUUGAGAAUGGAGAAGAGAAUCCAUAAUGAAAGUUGACCUGAUAUGGCCUAGGUGAAUUUAGGCAUCUGCCUAUACAGGUUGGGAAAGGUCAAUGUACCGUGACCUGAGUCUUGGUCACCCAUGUUCCAAAGAAGCAAACUUACCAUGUUGUCAAGGUGUAAACUUACAGAUAUGACAGAUUCCAUACUCAAUUCAAACUGGACUCGUUCGAAACCUGUACUUUAAACCAAGUUAUAUCAAUUUGUCAUUGUGCAUAAUAUCACCCUCAUGAUUACAUGUUGCUCAUUAAUAUCUAUAGUGAUAAAUUAAUAGGUUUCUUAGUCUUUUCAGGACUACAUUUUUAUACUAAUCUGGACACCUCAACUCCUGACACUUACCAAGCACCUCCCGCAGUUAUCAACGAAAGAUGAGAUUAUGAUGCAGAGAAUCCACACGUUAUGACAAAGUGUGAACACCAUUUCCAUUGUGUUGCAUUCUUGAAUGGAUGGAGAGAUGAGACACCUGUGCCAUCUGUGACCAGAUAAUGAUGAUCAACACCAUGUAUAACAUGGUGUCUCCUGAAAAGAGUUUUUAGUGGGCAACCCUUUCUAAUGGAUACUCAUCCAGAUGAAAGCUUCUUACUCUUUUGUGCAGGACUGUGCCAGAAAAACAAAUGUGGCUAGAAGCAAUUUGAUGUUUUGGUUGAGAGUUUCGAUGUCUGGGUCAAAUUCUUCUGAAUUCCUGUUGUGGAACAGUAGGAAACAAAAAGGGGAGUAUCUGGGUUAGGAUCCUCUCGCAUGCUUGACUCAAUACAUCUGAAGAUCUUGCAGUCACGACGAUGAGCAUAAGGAACUAGUGGUUCAGCAGGGACGCACACACACGACUGGAGUCGAGCGUUUGUACGCUUGCCAAGCCGAUACUCUUAUUAUAACUGACCCUGGGCGAAUGCUUUCCUUUGUGUUCGGAAGAGCCUAAAAUGCAUAGGUUUUCUAUUUCCUUGAUAUUGGGAUGUGAAUGUAACACUCUUACCACCCAGUUUUUGUUCUCCAGGCCAGUUAGAGAUCGUCCGUUUGGAGUAUGAAGCUUGAAAGUCCUGUGAAUUGAGUGUCGUCAAAGUUCAAAUUCCACAACAGUCGAGAAUCCUACAAUCCAGAUUGCUAGUGAUGUCAGGCAAAAUUUGGUCCAGGGGUGGCUGCGAUCGCAUGCGCUUGAAGUAGCGAAUAAAGGACCGUGCGAGAAGCCAAGGAGAAGACUGUCACACUUUAUAACGCUGCAACCCCUAGUCGUCUUUCGCAUUCUAGCUUGAGGGAAUCAAGAAAAGGGACAAUCCAUGGCAGAGAUUCACCAUGGCAGAGAGAAACUGGGAGUACACAGUUCACCAUGGAGGAGAUCUUGAAAGCAACGAAGAACUUCUCCCCAUCGUUAAAGAUUGGGCAAGGUGGGUUUGGUACAGUCUAUAAAGCGACACUUGACGAUGGCACACCCAUUGCAGUUAAACGCGCCAAGAAGAGCACGUAUGAGAAUCAUCUGAGUGUCGAGUUCCAGAGUGAGAUCAACAUAUUGGGACAAAUUGAGCACUUGAAUUUGGUUAGAUUCUUUGGUUAUUUGGAGGAUAAUGAUGAGAGGGUCGUUGUUACUGAAUAUGUGCCUAAUGGAACUCUAAGAGAGCAUCUUGAUGGAUUUCGUGGAAACUUUCUUGAGCUUUCAGCACGACUUGAUAUUGCAGUUGAUGUAGCUCAUGCUGUCACAUACCUUCAUAUGUACGCAGACCAUCCAAUUAUCCACAGAGACAUCAAAUCAUCUAAUAUUCUUCUUACUGAAAACUUGCGGGCUAAGGUUGCUGAUUUUGGCUUUGCCCGGUUCGGUGUAAACGAGGCUGGAGUUACCCAUAUUUCCACCCAAGUAAAAGGGACUGCUGGUUAUUUGGACCCAGAGUAUCUUAGAACUUAUCAACUCACAGACAAAAGUGAUGUGUACUCAUUUGGUGUGUUGCUAGUAGAAUUAAUAUCUUCACGGCGCCCAAUAGAGCGUAAACGAGAACUCAAGGAAAGGAUAACAAUAAAAUGGGCGUUGAAGAACUUCCAACAAGGGAAAACAAUUCAAGUUUUGGACCAUAAUAUUCCACAUACUCCGGCAAAUAAUCUGGCUUUGGAGAAGAUUCUUGAGCUGGCUUUCCAGUGUUUAGCUCCUUCAAGGCAAAAUAGACCCAGCAUGCGGAGCUGUGCUGAAAUAUUAUGGAACAUUCGGAAGGACUACAGAGAGUUGUUGUCUUCAGAUCUCCUCUCUCAGACUUCGCAUCAAAGAAACCCUUCCAUCAGCGGAGAUGAAACUUAAGAUUCGUAUGCAGUAAAAAGUAGCUCAACUUGCAAACUCAGCGCUCUCUAGCAUCACUGGUUGUACAUACAAGACUUAUAGAGAACAUGUCGGAAAGAUGAUUUCAUUAAUAUUUUGCGAAGGAAUGAGUACUGUUGAUGAA